AUGGAAGAAGCUAAUGCUGAAAUCGUUGAAGCUCAUCGAUCUCAAACAAAAUUGAUUCAAGCAGAGGCUCGUGGCGAAACGCAUCAACCAACAAUAUUGUUCAACCAUGCACAAGAUAAUCUAAUGAUCGUAGCAUCUGAAAUGGCUAUCACAAAGAGUCACAAUAUGGAGCCAAUUAUUACGAUGGCACAUUAUGAUAUGCCGAUUCAUUUGGUUACCGAAUAUGGUGGUUUGGCUAAUCGCAAAGUCGUAGAUUUGUUUGUUAAUUAUGCCAAAGUACUGCUUGAAAGAUACGGAGAUAAGUUCCUACAGUCGAAUUUAAUUCACUCGGGAUUUAUUCCGGACAAUCUGAGAACAUGGAAGAAU